UUCAUCUCCUCCAAUAACUGCAAGUACAAGCCUCUCUCUCUCUGUGUGAGCUCCGAAAUCAGAACUAGGAGUGAGAAAGAAAAGGAGGAAGAAGAGGCUAGGUAUGGCGACAAGAUAUUGGGUGGUGUCUCUACCGGUUCAAAACUCCGCUUCUACUCUAUGGAAUCGUUUACAAGAGCAAAUCUCCAAGCAUUCUUUUGAUACUCCCCUCUACAGGUUCAAUAUCCCUAAUCUACGUGUUGGAACGCUGGAUUCUCUUCUUUCCCUCAGCGACGAUCUCUUGAAGUCAAAUAGCUUUAUAGAAGGAGUUUCUCACAAGAUCAGGAGACAGAUCGAGGAAUUGGAGAGGGUGUCUGGUGUGGAGAGCAGUGCUUUGACUGUAGAUGGUGUACCUGUAGAUUCGUAUCUCACCAGGUUUAUUUGGGACGAAGCCAAGUAUCCAACCAUGUCACCUCUUAGGGAGAUUGUGGACAGCAUUCAUACCCAAGUGGCAAAGAUUGAGGAUGAUCUCAAGGUUCGUGUUGCUGAGUAUAACAAUGUGCGCAGUCAACUCAAUGCCAUUAAUCGAAAGCAAAGUGGAAGCUUAGCUGUUCGUGAUCUUUCCAAUUUGGUGAAGCCAGAGGAUAUUAUUUCCUCUGAACAUCUUGUGACCCUGCUUGCAAUUAUUCCCAAGUAUUCACAGAAGGAUUGGUUGGCAAGCUAUGAAACAUUGACUAGCUAUGUGGUUCCCAGGUCCUCCAAGAAGUUACAUGAGGAUAAUGAAUAUGCUCUUUACACCGUAAUGCUAUUUCGCCGUGUUGCGGACAACUUUAGAACAAGUGCACGUGAAAAAGGUUUCCAAAUUCGUGAUUUUGAGUAUAGUCCAGAAGCACAAGAGAGUAGGAAGCAAGAAUUGGAAAGAUUAAUGCAAGACCAAGAAAGCUUUAGAAGCUCUCUUUUGCAAUGGAGCUAUACCAGUUAUGGAGAGGUUUUCAGCUGCUGGAUGCACUUUUGUGCAAUACGUAUUUUUUCAGAGAGCAUUCUAAGAUAUGGAUUGCCACCGUCUUUCUUGGCUUGUGUUUUAGCUCCUUCUGUGAAAGGUGAGAAGAAAGUGCGUUCCAUCCUUGAAGGAUUGUGUGACAGUGCAAACAGCACAUACUGGAAAUCUGAAGAUGAAGUGGGCGGAGGGAUGGCAGCUUUUGGAGGCGAUGCUGAUGCUUAUCCUUAUGUGUCCUUCACAAUUAAUCUCGUUUGAACCAUGGACUGUCCUAGUCCCAUAGCUUUCCCAAAUUCCAGGUCCAAGGAGUCCUUUAGACAGCAAUAAAUGGACAGGAAUGAUGAUACUGUAUAUUAGCAUUUGAUAGAUCAAUUCUUUUGUUUAGUUAAAAUUGGAGCAUGUGAAUUUAAGUGCUUGGUUUAUGAGCGGGGGGAAUAUUUUGCAGGGGAGAUCUGGUUAUACUCCAUAUGUAUUCUAGCACUUAAAUUUUGAGGUUCCAUCUCUGGCAAACAAGUUUUUAGUACUUUUAUGUACUUAAUUUAUUUGAUGAUUUUCAGGAUUUUGUUUCC